AUGGGCACCGGGGAUUUCAUCUGCAUUUCCAUGACCGGAGGGGCGCCGUGGGGGUUCAGACUGCAGGGGGGCAAGGAGCAGAAGCAGCCCCUACAAGUGGCCAAGAUCCGGAGCCAGAGCAAAGCGUCCGGGUCCGGGCUCUGUGAAGGGGAUGAAGUGGUCUCCAUCAACGGCAACCCGUGUGCGGACCUCACCUACCCGCAGGUCAUCAAGCUCAUGGAAAGCAUCUCGGACUCUCUUCACAUGCUCAUCAGGCGACCGUCCCGUGGCAUCAGUGAGACUUCGGUCUCUGAAACUGAAAACAAAACCCACGAGCGUCUCCCCACCGAGGGGUGCGUGAGCAGCACCACCCUGCAGAUCCGCGCCGCCACACGGAGCCGGGACGGGGAGCCCUGCCUGGCCCUCACCCAGCGCGUAGCCCCCCUCGCCGAGGGCCGAGACGGCAGCCCCACUUCUUCCAGCAGCAAAAAGGAAGAAACAUGCCUGAGCUGCCCUGAGGCCCCCCCCACACCGGACACCCCGAGAGCACGCUCGGCAGAGGGGGCUGCCUCCCGGGACAAGGCAGACACAGGCUGGCCAGGCCCUGUGGUCGAGCUACAGCUGUCCCUGUCGCAGGACGCACACCCCAGCGCUGGUGCCCCCGUGGUGGCUCUCCUGGGAGCGGAAGAACCUAAGCGUCCUGACCCGGAUCCUCCCUCACACCGCAGCGGGACUGUGCACGUAAAUUCAGUCCCCGGCAGUGAGAAAGGGGACCCUUCUCUGAGGUCUAGCAAGAUCAUCCAGAUCUGCAGCGGCCGAGAGCUGAGAGUGACCCAGGGGCAAGGAGCCGGGGACGCGGGGCUGCCCCUCGUGGAAGUGAUCCUGGGCUGCUCUGACAAGCCGCAGGGCGGGUGCAGGCUGCAGGCGGGGCGUGUGGACUCCCUGGUGGAAGGAGGGCGUUCAGAAGCACCUCCUUCUCUGGUAGCCUUUGCCGUCUCAUCAGAAGGCACCGAGCAGGGGGACGAUCCGCGCUGCACAAGGGACCACAGCAGACCUCACAAGCACAGAGCGCGCCACGCACGGCUGCGGAGGAGCGAGAGCCUGUCGGACAAGCAGGUGAAGGAAGCCAAGUCCAAAUGCAGAAGCAUCGCGCUGCUGCUGACGGCCGCCCCCAGCCCCCACUCCAGGGGGGUGCUGAUGUUUAAGAAGCGGCGGCGGCGCGCCAAGAAGUUCACGCUGGUCAGUUACGGGACCGGGGAGCUCCGGCGGCAGGAGGACCAGGAGGAGCCGGGGGACCCGGAGGACGGCGACUGGGACAGCUCCUGCGAGGCGGCACUGCUGGGCGCCAGCGAGUCGGACGUGGACGAGGAGCUGCUGUCCGACACAGACGACAGCGCCCAAGUCGUGACCUUCGACUGGGAUUCCGGGCUCGGGGACAUUGAGAAGAAACUGACCCCAGGGGACAAGAUGGAGAUGCUGCCUGACACCUCGGGCAAGGGGGCCCUCAUGUUCGCAAGGAGGAGGGAGAGGAUGGACCAGAUCGCUGCGCAGAAGGAGGAGGGGGCCGGCGCGCACGGGGACAGCUUGAGGACAGUGACUUCCUACCGACAGGCGGAGGAGGCCACGGUGACCAGCCAGAGCUCCGUGAGCAGGAGCUACAUCGAGGUGAGCCACGGCCCUGGACACGCGCCCCAGCACAAUGGCUUCGGGGCUGCGCCCGGCACAGCAGAGGCCCCCAGGAUGGCCCCCAUGAACAGGACGGCGCGACCCUUCCCGGGGUCCGGGGCCCAGCCGACAGCCGCCUUCUCCCCACCCCGCAGCCUGACGAGCCCCACGACGGAGUUCCCUGUGCCGCCGCCCUACUCCGCGGUCACGCCGCCCCCGGGGGCCCCGGCCCGCGCAGCGACCAGCCCCCCGGCCAGCCCCGCGCAGCCCCCGCCCUGGCCGCAGCCGGCGCCCUGGUGCCCGGAGCGCAUCGCCUCCCGGGACGAGAGGAUCGCUGUGCCCGCCAAGAGAACCGGCAUCCUGCAGGAGGCCAAGCGCAGGAGCACCGCCAAGCCCAUGUUCACGUUCAAGGAGCCCAAAGUGAACCCCAACCCCGCGCUCCUGUCGCUUCUCCAGAACUCGGAAGGCAAACGCCCGGGCCCUGGGGCCGGGGCUGACUCCGGCCCGGAGGAAGACUACCUCAGCUUAGGGGCAGAGGCCUGUAAUUUCAUGCAAGGCCCCUCUGCCAAGCAGAAGACGCCCCCUCCCGUAGCCCCCAAACCUGCAGUCAAGUCCUCCUCCUCCCAGCCAGCGACUCCGGUGUCUCCGGUCUGGUCGCCUGGCGUGGCUCCAGCCCACCCUCCUGCCUUCCCCACCGUCACCCCCUCGCAGGGCAGCAUUACAUCAUCCAUCAAAAUAGCGCAGCCGUCUUACCCUGCUGCCCGGCCCACCAGUGCCCUCAACCUGGCCGGUCCCUUCAGAGGUCCCCAGGCGGCAGUGGCCAGUGUGAACUACACCGCCAACACCGCCAAGGGGGCAGCCCCCAUGCCAGCGGCCCCCAUGCCAGCGGCCCCAGCGCCAGCCGGCAGCGCAGCGCACGUGGGCUCAGCGGGGCCACCCAGCGAGCUGCCCGGGAUGCAGGGGAAAGGGGCCCAGCUCUUCGCCAAAAGGCAGUCGAGGAUGGAGAAGUACGUGGUGGAUUCCGACACCGUGCAGGCCCACGCCGCCCGGGCCCAGUCCCCUACACCGUCGCUCCCGGCGGGUUGGAAGUACUCCUCCAACGUCCGAGCACCACCUCCCGUGGCCUACAACCCCAUCCACUCGCCCUCCUACCCCCUGGCUGCUCUCAAGUCCCAGCCAUCAGCCCCACCGGCCUCCAAGACCAGCAAGAAAAAGGGCAAGAAACCCCUCAACGCCUUGGAUGUCAUGAAGCACCAACCGUAUCAGCUAAAUGCAUCCUUGUUCACUUUCCAACCUCCAGAUGCAAAGGCGGGCCUCCCCCAAAGGUCACCCGCCAAGGUCAACUCGGUGCCCAUCACGAAGCAGGCUCUCCCGCCCAGGGCCGUGAACGCCAGCUCACCCACCAGCGUGCAGGCCUCAUCCGUGUACUCGGUGCCAGCCUACAGCCCCCAGCCAGUCUUCUUCCCAGAGCCCACGGCCGCCGUCAGUGCCUCCCCAGUGCCCGCGGGCAUCCCCAGCUCUCCAAAGCCAGAGUCGUCGGCCUCCACGUCGUAUCCUGUGGCUCCAAGGCCCAAGUUCUCGGCUAAGAGAAGUGGCGUGUCCGUGCAGGUGUGGAAACCCACCACCGCGGAAGGGUAACCUUGUGGCAGACGCCGGGUGUCCACGUUGCUUGAAGCGAAUUGUUUGCCGUGUUCCUUGAGUCCCCGAGAAUGCUUAGCGAGUCCUCCACUUACUUAGUUUCAGAUGUCACCUCCCAGUGUGGGUCCAAGGAGCCUAAUGGUGUCACUGACUCAAAAAUCUAACUCGGGUGGACUUCAACCAUAUUUAUCUUCUUUGUGCACUUAAAAAAAAUCCGGGACACCCCAGAAUAGGCAUGUGUCAUGAUAUUAAGGAAACAGGAUUCUUAGGGUUCAUGCGUUAGCCAGGAGACAGGCAAGGAGCAGUGUUCGGAGAUGUCAGGGCCCAGCCCUCUGCAAGGGGACAGCGGUGCUCCAGGACACGGGGCUCGAGGCCGCGAGCAUUCAACACGCAUUCACUGAGGUUUCUUCUUAAAGUAGCGUUUGCUCUCUAGUGCUAGUGUGAAGGGAUAAGAAAUUGACCGAGGACAGGGAUCAGCUCUGGCCUGUCCGCCUCAGCCACCUGGGUGACCCUGCAGAGAAGGCGCCUGGGCUUGUGGGCAAGUCCUCAGUUCAGCGAGGGGGUGAGAGAGAGGGUAUUGAUCAUUAUUGGACACUGGGAUGUAGGCGGUUCCUUGUCAGAAGUCUGACACAGACGGACUUAUUUCAGGAGACGUCUUCCAACGAGGUGGGGGGAAAGGUGACUGCCCUUAGACAGUGACCCCAUCGCCCGGUCGCUCGGGGGGCCAGGCGGGCACAGCUCCCAUUGCCGGAAGCACCGCUGGUUUUCCUGGGCUGAGGCCGGCGGUGGGGUACAGCGCAGUGGAGGAAGGUAGGAAGAUGGGGGGCCGCGGACGGAGGUCCACGUGGUCGGAGAGCAGGGUUCCGUCCCUACUGCGCGCGGGGCGGCAGGAACGGGCUGGGGGGGCCGGAGGGUGAGCGCCCGCGAUGGUCACCGGUUCCCAGCGGCCUCGCGGACGUGGCUCCCGUGUCUGUGCUUUUUGACCCCUGCUUCUCACUGCCCCUCACAGUCCUGACCGCGCACCUUCACCUCCUGAUUUCUCUCUGACGGGCCGGAGGAGUCAGACAAGGUUACCUGUGCGCUCGGACGGGUCACACGCUGUCACCCAGCUGGCUUCCGAGUUAGCCACGCUGCUGACAGGGACCCGGAGACCUCGCUCAUGUCUAUUUUAAGUCCGAGUCUCAGCAACGUUGGAAAAGAGUCAACGUGAUUUCAUGCAGAGAGUCACAAAGCCUUUCUGACAGCUCCAGGGAAAACCGUCCACGGCACACGGGGGGUCUGUGUAGAGACCGCUCGUGCCAACGGGCCAGUUUCGGGGGACGGGGUACCCUUCCCUCGAAAACACCUGUGAUCUUGUUCUUUCUCUGCUAUCACACACCACAGCUGCCCUGUUUUUCACUGUCCUAUUAAAACAUGACUUUCUUCUUCA